UCUCCCAGAAUGCAUGGCUUCCAGCGCGGCGCCCAGCGGUCCAGGCCCGGACUCUAAGAAACAUCUUUAAAACUUGUUCCAAAAUGUCGAUGUGGAGACGGAAUGGAGGCUGGACGGAAAGCUGGACUGAGACGCUGUCGGUCUGUAAGGAUGUUGAGCUGUCUCUGUGAUUCAGCUGCUGUGACUGUGGCGUUCAGGGCUGCUGAAUACUAAAAUAGACUACAGGCCAACACAAGAGCUCUUCUCAGGAAACACAGACCCAGUCAGAGCUUCCAAAGCUCCUCAUCACCGCAGCCCUUUUGGGGUUGCUAUGGCAGCUGCUGUCACCGAGACCAAGUGCCGGACACAGGCUUGCCUCAGUAAGGCAGGACAGACCACUAGUCAUUGCCAUAAGAGACCAUCGGACAGUCAACAAACAGCACUUAGCAAUAAUUCUAGCACUCUAAGUUAACAAAACGACCAGAGGUGUGUAGGCUGAUGGUCAGCGCUCUGGAGAAUCCUCAUGAGUCUUGUCUGUGUCUGCUCAGGCUCUUGGCCAGAGUUCCUGUGCGGCAGCAGAGCCAGUACUGUUCCUUCUGUUAGACCAUGUUCCACCAGCAGGACCAUCUGAAGAGCCAGCUGCAGGAGAGCCACACAGCCAGCAGGCAGCUCUUCCACUGCCAGGAGUGUGGGAAGCAGUACAACACCCAACUGGGCUAUAGACGCCACCUAGUGGCGGCCCACAGUGCUGCAGUGGGCCUGCCCUGCCCAGAGGGGACACCCUCCUUGCUGGAGCACCUGGGCAGCCAUAUCGACAGGCCUCCGCCGUCUGAGGGAAACACUAAUGCUGCCGUGCCAGUCAGAGAGAGGAAGUACUCAUGUGAGAGAUGCGACCGCCGUUUUUAUACUCGUAAGGAUGUACGGCGUCAUGCUGUCGUGCAUACUGGCCGCCGUGACUUCCUGUGCCCACGCUGUGCACAACGCUUUGGCCGCAGAGACCACCUGACCCGCCACUUGAAGAAAAGCCAUGCCCAGGAGUCAGGGUUGAUGCCACCCUGUACACCCAGCACUCCUGUGGCUACACCGACCCCUGCCCCCCAGUGCCCGGUGAAGGAGGAGCCCAGCCCUGUGCCCUCUGAUAUGGGCUCUGUCUCUAAGGAGCCCAUGGAGACUUACUCCAGGGACAUGUACAACUCCUACCCCAUGGCCAAUCCUGUCCCCGGGUUGGGCCACCCUCAUGGCCUCAUGCAAGGCUCCUUGUCCUCAAGCAUGGGUGUGGGUCGCCACAUGGCCCCCCAAUCUACUCACCCUCACCACCACCUGCAGCCCCCUCCAGCUCCACAGCAGCAGUCCUACAGCAACAUGGCCAGGUACCAGCAUGGAUCUACCUCAUAUCCUCGUGCCGACGUGGACAGUUUCUUGCUGGACCUGCAGAGCGCCCCCCCACCUCACCUGAGUGUGGCCAACUCCUCUACCUCUACCUCUGCCUCCCCUCAGAGGGAGGGUCUGGGUGAAGGGGUGGGUGCUGGCGGCGACCCCCACCUGCUGUCCAGGAGCCCGGCUAUCUCCUCAACCGAGCUGUCCUGCACCACUAACAUGGACCUCGGGCCUCUGCUGGGCUUUUUGCCUUUCAGCCUGCCGCCCUACAGCCCACACAUGGGAAUGGGAGGGUUAGUGAUGAGCUAUCCACCUGCCACCACCACCACUUCCUCUCCAUCCUCUUCCACUGGGCUGUCCUCCCAGGCUCCAGGGCCUUUUACCUUCUUCCAGCCUCCCCAGGCUCAUGUACCCCAGGGCCCCGGAGCCCACAACCACAGCCAGCUACCUCAGGCAUACAGCAGUUCUGCUAUGAGCACUUCCAGCUCCCUACCUCACUACUACCAGGCCUUUCAGCAGUAAACAGCUCUGUCCCCACAAAUGUGGCCUUCACACGAGCUCAUGGAUUUUUCAUGAAAAGGGUAAAACAUGAGAACGGCAUCUUUAUUGUAAAACAAAUGUGUAACUUUAGCCUGUCAGUUCUAAUUAUGCUAAUCUUAGUUAUUUGUUGAACACAACAAAUCACCUCAUCAGUAUUACCUCAUUAUUUAAAAAGGAAGCUUGAACCUUUGAGGAAAUGUAGAUGGUCUCACUACAACCAAAAUAGAGUAGUACUUUUUUUUUUUUAUCAGACCUGUUACCAACAGUGGAUGCACUUAAUACUCGUCACAGGUGCUGCACAUUGCAGAGAGUCAUCCAGAUAUAGUUUAUAAUGGAAGAUGCUACAGUGUUAGGGAAUAUUUUACCCAGUAAUGUAUCAUGUUUUUAAAAAAAAAACCCAUCCCCUUCCUUGCUGGACCUAACUUGAGAUUUUCUUAUUUUAGAAUAUUGGCAUAAACAGCCUUAAAGAGCAAGGAAAAAGUUGGCUCAAGAUGUACUCCGUUACUGAGUACAUGCACAUAAAGAAAAUUGCAAAUACAAAUUCAACAGCACUACCUGGAUAUGAUAUCUGGUGGUUAACCCGUGAACAUAUGCAGUAAAGAGCUUGUCAUCCAUCAUUACGCCAACAGGUGUGUCUACAGUAAGUGCAUCAGCACUUAUUUUUACCUAUCAACCAUUUCAGGUGGUAUAAAUUGAACCCUCUUCUCUCGAAUUUAGAAUUAGGCCUUUAAGAAUUUGGCCUUUUUAAGUGUCCAUAAGGGCAGUCAGUAACUGUUAAGUUACUGUGAGGAUAGGCUGCACUUAAUUUUAAGGAUACUGUAAACUCAUACAUCUAUUAUAAGUUGAUGAACAACCAGUAAAUAACAAUGUGACACACUGUUAAAAUUCUGACGUCCUUUUAUUGGACAAAUGUGACAGAGCAGCUCUUCAAGUAAGAAUUCCACAUUGGAAGGCUGGAGGACUUUCAGAUAGUUAUCCAAGGUCACAUCAGCAUGGUGACACAAACUCUAAUGCUACUUUACUUGCUGUAUUACGUAGUAUCAUUAGAUUAAAAUGCACUUAGAUUUCAUUUUCAACAUGGCAAGGUAUGCCAGAUCCCAUGGAAUGUUAUUGCUCUAGAACAUUUCCCACAAUAGGUACCGUUCAGACAAAGAAGUGUUGCUUGAAGAAAUGGUCUUGAACUCCAUAUAAUUCAAUACAUAUGCAUUUACUGUAAUAUUUAAAAUAGUUCUGUUUGUGAUACACUUAAUGGUUUACCUGCAACCAUGGGUGAAUCAAGCUGAAAUUCCUGCCAACUUUUCAAUGGACCCUUCCUAAGUCAUGCCCAUUUUUGCUCUGUGCUCCAAUAACAGUUGAGCAAGCCUCGGUCAGAACCUCGGUCAAAAUGAUCCUUUCCUGUGUUUAGAUUUGUUAUGUGCUAGGCUAGUCUAUAUGUUGAGAAGACAAUCCAAAAAAUAUAUAUACACAUAUAGUCACAUCUUAAGUUGGCUAAUUUUAGCAAUAACUUUAGCAAAUUAACUAGCUAACAACUGAUGUAGAUUUGCUAGCUAGUGUUUUGCUAACAUUAGUUAACUUAAGGUGGAACUACAUAUGUGACAUGUUUAUCUUUUAACCCUCUUCAAACUGUGGUUGUUUUUUAAACCUAGACAAGCCUAGCAUGUAGAAUAUCUACAGGAAGUCAGUUUUCUUUUUCCAGAGUGGUGAAGUCAUGACACUGGCUCUGAUUGGCUAGUACUCGUUACCUUCAUUGGUUUGGUUGGUUAGGUUUUGACUAUGAGGAAGUAAGAAUGUCAGGGUAAGCCAAUCAGAGGCAGAGUAUGGCGGUUUCAUGUCUUCACCAUCCUGGAUAAAAAAAAAAAAAAAAAAGAAGCAUUUUCAGCAAGUCCUGCACCUCUCUGUCUGAGCGGGGCCUCAGAGGGCCGGCAGCAUCUGUUUGUUGUAUGGCUUUUAAAUCUCUUGAAUCGGCUGUGUUAAAAGAUCAAACAGAAAACUCUGAAAUGUACAGUUGCAGACACACUGUGCUAACCAUGUCACAGAUCUCAGGGUUGCUGCCUGUUCCUUUUUAAAAAACAUAAAAGUGCAUAUUCUUUUCCUAGCUUUAUAGGAAUUAGCUCAAUCACAAUCGCACAGAACCCACAUGUAAAAUGUGCUAUGGCAAUAACAAAGAAACUUUGAACCUGCCUGGUCAUUCAGAACUGUGGCACUGAUAGUCCUGGACAAGGGUUAGAUUAAUAGGAAUUUAUUUUACUGUGGCAUGUGUGGCGGAGUUUUUACAGUCUGUACAGGACAUACAAUGUGUCCACAUAUCAAAAAAAUCAUUCUCCUUAACUGUUACAAGACAGCCAGUUGUGUAGCAUAAAACUAAACCCUAACCUUCAGUAAUUGUCAUUUCAAAUUCAUCUGUAUGCUCACACCUUGUCAUGUGUCACAAUAAGGAAUGUAUCAUCCUGGUCAUCAGCCCUCUCCCCCUAUUCAUAUUUUCCUCAGUGGCAGGUGGCAACCCUGGCUACAUGAUGUGACCUGGGGCAUUGUAAUUUAGGCAAUAGGAAGUCUCCAAGUGUUCCCUGUUUUGUUCUUUUCAAACUGGACCACUGGAUCUCAGCACGUUGUAGCUCUGACCUGCCUGUUGUGAAUUGCUGAAUGGAAUGCAGCAUUGAUUCUACAAAGGCCUUCCAGGGCACUUGUACCCAUUUCCUGCCUUUUACUAUGUCACUGUUGGUAUCGACACCCAUUCCUUGGUUGUGGUUUUGGAUUUCAAGAGUUUCUGAUGUAAUUAGAAGUAAAAAAAAAAAAAAAAACGACCCCCACUCCCCCCACCCCCACAUCCUGGCCUCCUCUGGGCUGCAGGGGCUCAGGAAAGAUGGGAGAGGAGCUGUCAAGAUUCUAGAAUCCCAGAUUCUAAUCAAGCUGCCUUCCCGUAAUGGACGCUCCACUCAAGAAAUUGGUCAAGUAUAGUGGAGAUGGAGGAGCCCUCCAGCUGGAUGUUGCAAGUGAGUGAUGUGAUUUUGGAAGGAAGAUACUUAGAGAGAGAGCAUCAUCUGACGCUCUCUCCUGCCUUAAUUCCAUGAACUUUAUGUUGAAGGACUUCUCUAACUAGCAUUGUAACCAGCCUCCCAAGUGUUGCACCAAUGUCUUAAAAUGCUACUGUUGUGCCUCUCAAAGAGUGUCUAAUCUCUUGACUGGGUUUAAGCACUUACAACAUUUCUAGAAAAGGAUCUGUACCUCAUACAUGGAGAACUGUGGGUUUCUGUUUUUAUUUGUAUUUGCUUUCUAGUUAUUUUGGCUCUUGUGCCAUUAGAUUGAAACUAUAAAGGUAGAUUUUAUGAAUCUAAUUUCUUUAUCUAGCGGCAGACAUUGACAUUAUAAUUCAGUCAAACUUUCUACCUCUACCUUGUCAUGUAUCUUUCUGCAAAAAUCAUUAGAAAUAGUGUUAACCUGUAACAAUUGGGCAGUUUUUUUUUGUUUUUGUUUUUUCACCACUGUUGAAGAAUGGGGAAUUUUGUCAGAAUUCAACUUUGAAGGACCGGAUACACACAAGUCCUAGUGGUGUAUUCCAGGGUCAAACAUUGUUCUCUAUACUUGCCUUUAAUGAUAUUUCUACUUAUUUACUACCUCAGAGAAGGGACAGGUGACUGUCCAUCUAACUGCAGAGAAAAUGUCUGUGUAGAGUUUUAUUUUUGUCAGAAGAAGCACAUGUACUUUGUAGCUCAGAUUAGCUCAAUUUAGGAGAUUAGCUCACAGCACAUCGAUGUCUAGAGCAACAAGUACCAGUUCACGCUGUUAUUUGUUGUGUUCUAACGCUGUCACUGCCUCUUCAGUCUGGAAUGUUUUCACCGUUCAUUAAUCUGGGCCUCAGUCUAAAGGAAUUCCACAGUUGCGUGUUGGAAUGUACAGACAACACUUUGGCACUGUGGAUACCUGAAAGCAUCCUCACUAACUAUUCCAAAUUGAUGUUCCUCUUCUGAGUGAUGCAGAAUUAUCACGAGCAACGCCAAACACCUGCUGGUUCCAACUUUUGCAGUGUGAUGGUGCGCCCUUUGUAAAUCAAAUGUCUUUGUCCCACAUAGGGCUUACAUUACAACCCUGUGGCAUUAUUUGGCUGAGCUGUGGGCUCAAAUGUCCACAAAACAGCUGGAGUGGACUUUACCCUGCUAGCUCCCUAGUACAAACUUGUACCAGGCGAGCCGAUGUGUGAAUAGAGUAGGUCAUUGUCCGCAGAAUUUGCCACGAGCGGGUGGGCAUGAUGAUGUUGCAUGCUUGCUGCUUCAUACUCUUUAUCUCCUAGUCUGUAUAUUGUAGUAUCGAUAUCAACGCAGAAACAGUAAUCAUUACCAUUUACCCAGGCACCACCCCUGGUCCAGUAUUUCCAGUAGGUGAGAACAAUCUCCUGGUGUGCUACAUGUGUAAAAGGGCGACUCCAGACAACUGCUCAGAAUUCAUAUGAAAAAAUGGCUGUUUUUCCUUCCUUGCCUUCCUGAUCUCAUUCCAAAACUGUUCUGUUGUCUGAAAUACUCAUACAGAUGGAGAUAAAACACACACACACACACACACACACACACACACACACUCUGUCAACGUUACAAAAGUAGUACAUACUUUACUUUUUUACUCCACACACCUGGCCAGUUGCUGUGAUUCUGUUUUGAAAAUGUACAAAAGUCUUUGGACACAGCUUCCCCUCCCUUGUUAUGAUGUGGAGAGGGUUUCGACACAUUCUGUCCUUAGCCUUAACCAAGCAAUUUGAGUUGGAAUCGGAAUCAGAAAUACUUCAUUGAUCCCUGGGAGGAAAUUUGUUCACUACAGUUGUUCCACUCACACAGCUUUAAAGAAUAGUAGAGGAUCACACAACAGUAAUUGUUUGUUUUGUGGAAAGCUCUGACAAUUAAUGUCCUGCUAAUUGCAGUGCUAGAUCUAAAAGUUCUUAUAGGUCAAAAAUAAAGUUGUCUCACCAAAUUGCUACUAGCACAGGUUCAGCGGGAGCCGUUAGUAAAUCAUUCAGAUUACGCUUUCAAUGAAAAAAUAAUACAAGGGCCUUGAGUCCUUAACAUCAGACUGGUAUAUGUCUGCUCUUGCUGACAUGUUUGAAGAUGGGAUGGGAUGGCUUGUCUGUACACCAACACUAAACACAUUCCAGGCUGAACGUAGGGAAGCGGCACAGAUGAUACAGAGGACACCGGGAUUCAUUUCACUAAACCAUGGUUCAGUACUGUCGUGCUGCCUGCAUUGAGGUCGGCUCUGAGAACCACCACGAUGCAGGCUUCACCACCUUUAACUUAGAUAGGUUUUGCAUUAGGUGUUUGUAUUAUCACUUAAUAGAUUAGAAGACAGUGAAAAGAAAAGGAGAUGUUAUUUUCUGAUUGUCUGAGCAUAAAGUAUAAUAAAUAAAUCUUUAGAUUUCAA